AUGAGGUUACUAUAUGGUGUCUAUGGGCUUCUGUCUGUCGCGCAUGCGGCUGAUGUAAGAAUUCAUUUUAUUCACCAUAGAGAGACAAAUGCAUCUUCUCUUAUUGCAUAUAGCACUAGUGGGGACUUGAUCACAAGGAUCUGUGGGACAACGAUUAAAGCUAAAGAAUCCGUCGACUUCUCCAACAUUAACGAAAAUGGUGUUGGGAAUUUCACAGUUGGUAGUACCAGCUUCUUUGUUCACUCCGAUCCCAAGUAUUCUGGAGGCCCUUCAUGUUCUACAGAUUUCGAUCAUGCCUACACUGCCAUACAGUGCUCAGGUGUAAAAUGGGAUCUUGAGGGGGUUGUUAAACAGGAUCCGAAGUCCUGUUUCUUUGGAAAUCUCGCGGGAGGGGGCUUUGAAGAGUGCCAAACUGACACCCGGUACCACAAGUUGCAUCGCCGUUGCGGCGAACGGAAACCAAGGCUUGACGGCGACGGAUGGCCCCACCAGAGAUACUACUAUCAACAGCUUUCAGAAGUUGGACAUUGUAGCGAAACCCAGGGCUGCUCUGUUACUUCAUCCAACACGGAGGGUAUCACCAAGGCUUGGAGUGCGACUGUCAGCCCCCCGGUUUGGAUCUCGGGAGGCUACUCUGUAACAAAGUCCUGGGGCACUGGGGCUGCAUAUGGCUGCAAUGGCGGCGCGGGAGACCAAGUCUGUGUCUGGUACAGGGUUGCGCACACUGCCUUUCGGGAGCCCAGGGGACUUAGCGAGAAGGAUAUGCAUGGGCCACAAAUUGUUAUCGCCUCCCCAAACAAGAACAAUGAAGGCGGGGGCUUUCAGUGUGCGACUGGAAAGAAUUGCGUGCAUAAGGGCGCCAUGUAUUGGGACUGCCAUGGGAAAAGGUCUAAGAAGUUUACCCACUGUGGACCUCCAGAGCAACCAGAGUUGGACCCCAAGAACAACUUCAUAAGACCCUAUGCGAAAGAGAAGACGAAGACCACGAAGGUAGAGAAGUAG